AUGUCCAGUGUGCUGGCUGGUAGCUACAAGCCUUCCGUUCAAGGCUCAAUAAUCAAUGUCAAUACGACAUAUCAGACCUCCGGGACCACAGGAUUCGAGAUACUCACGAAGGCGGUCGCUCCUAAUGCCUUCCAUAACUCGGAUGACCGUCCCGAUCCCCCAAAGUGCCACGAGAAAACCAGGAUUGCAGUCAUCAACAAGAUAAUGGACUGGCUCACAGUAAAAGUCGAUAGAGAUCCCGUGAUACUUUGGUUGUAUGGACCUCCUGGAGUGGGUAAAUCGGCCAUAGCGCGCACGAUUGCUGAGCUCUGUGAGGCGCAAAAUCUGCUCCUCGCCAGCUUCUUUUUCUUCCGCUCGAGUUCUACACGCAACACUAUGAAGCCGCUAGUCGCCAACAUCGCGUACCGCCUCGCCUGUGUGAUCCCCGCCGCUCGCAGGCAUGUUGAAAUCGCCAUCGCGGCCGACCCCCUACUGCUUUCCUGCUCUCUCGAAACACAAUUCGCUAAACUCGUCGUCGACCCACUCCAGGCCCUGGCGGAACAAGGCCUGUUCUCCCAGAUGCUGCUCCCUCCAGUGAUCCUUAUCGACGGUCUGGACGAAUGCCUCGACAAAACUUCCCAGAUGAAAUUGAUUCAACUUCUCUGUUCCUGUCAACUCCCUCUCAAAUUCUUGAUAGCAAGUCGUCCCGAGCAGGACAUCAAGUUUGCAUUUGCGUCCAUCAGCACGAAGAUCACCGUAUCACAUCUGGAGCUCAAUGAUGACUUCAAUGCAUACGAGGACAUUCGCCUAUUCCUCACCGACAAAUUCAGCAACAUCAUGCUGUACCACCCGCUCCGCUCAGAACUCCCUGCUUCUUGGCCCAGGGAAGAGCAAAUCGCAAGUCUUGUUCAAAAAUCAUGCGGUCAAUUUAUAUACGCAUCGCUAGUCGCACGCUUCGUCGACUCCCCUCGCCAUCUACCGGCGCGGCGUUUAGAUAUCGUCCUUGGGAUCCGACCGCCGGUCCAUCGAGACCUCCCGUUCGCGGAGUUGGACGCGCUUUAUACCUUCAUCCUCUCCUCUUCCGUGGACGCUCUCUUAACAGUGAAGAUCCUCGGAGUCCGGCACGUCUUGCAACAAGAUUUUUCGAUGGUCAGGGAUUUGCGCGACAUUGUUAGUAUGAUCGAAGGUAUUCUGGGGUUGGAACGCGGCGAUGUGCGAAGUGCCCUCAGCGACCUGAGUUCCCUUGUUGAAAUCAAGGACAACAUAGCUACCCUUGAAAGGAACGCGAUCUUCUUUCAGCACUCCUCCUUUCAGGACUUCCUCCUCAAUAAGGAACGUUCGAAGGAAUACUCUAUUGAUCUCCUCGAAGGCCAUAGAGUGACCGUCCAGUGGAUCCUAAGGAAUUUCCCAAGAACCGGGCCGAGAGCGUCCCACAUUAUUCCUGAUGCUGUCGACCUUCACGUUCAUUUGUUGAAGCUACCACUAACCGCGGAACUCAAGCACGACCUUGAGAAUUUCUCGUUUCACGAUUAUCUGGAGACACAACUCGAGCGACUCGAGAAGGCCGAUCAAACAGCGAAUCUCAACCUUAUUAGGGACCGCUUGACUAAAGACUUUUUCGGAACUCUUACCUACCUCUGCCAGUCUUCCGAACUCCAUGACCAUCACGCGGCACUGUUCAUCGAUGAUAUCACCGCUUCCGUCAAUCGCCACCCGAAUGCGGAGAAAUUCCACCUGUUGAGCACCAUUUGGUUUGUUUUGCAGAAACCUCCGAAGUCUUAUCCCUCGACGGAACUGUCGGUCAAGAUUGCUCGUCAAAUAUUCGAGCCUCAUCGGGCUCCAUUACGAUUUGUUACACCAUCGGGACUCUCAAUUGGCAGCAAGAUUCUUUCUUAA